AUGAAUGAGAAUCAAUUUUCAAUGCCUUUUUUUGUUGAAGAAUAUUUAUUGCUUAAAAAGCAACAGACGAAGAUAAACAAGCAUUUGUUUAAUGAUAAAGGCCCAAAGUUGACCGAAACAGAGAAAAUUUUCGAAGAAUACAUUUCAUCACCAGAACCAAAAAGAAUAAUGGAAGCAUUAGAGAUUUUUUUACAAAAAGUUGCUGAAUGUUCAGCAUUUGUCCAAAAAGAUCUUAAUCAAUUUAUUUUUCCAUUAUUUAUACAUUUUGCGUCAAGUUUAAUCAUUCGAGGUUAUGAAUUUUACUUUUCAAACUUCAUUAACUCAUAUAAAACGAAUCUCACUCAUUACCAGAAUGAAAUUUUACAGAAUUUAAUUGAGAAUCCAAGAGCUUUUAAAUUACCAUCAACAGAUAUCUCUAUUUCGAAAUAUUCUGCAUUCAAACUCCAGAAAAUACUCGAAGAUGAUAAAUUGUCGUAUGCAUUCAUAAUAAUAACAGAAAAAAUACGAUAUACUAUCGCGGAAGAUACUUUUAACAUACAAAAUACAAAUGUAAACCAAUCCCAAGCUAAAAUAAACGAUGAAAAAGAAAAAAUCAGAUUAUUCGAGUUAUUUAAUCCUGGAUCAAUCUAUACGGCCAAAAAUAGAGAUACAAUGCAACAGAAAGAUAUACAGCAAACUUAUAUCCAUGAUAUGUCCCAUAUUACGCUUUUCAAUCAUCAUAAUAAUUUAUCAUGUAUAAAACUCUCUCCUUGCGGUCGCUUACUAGGCUAUGCUGAAGCAAACUCUGUUAGACUAUUCAUUCUCGAUAAAGAGCAUAGAUUUUACUUUCCAAACAAGACAUCAACAACAAUUUUAAAUCAGCAUUCGAAAAGAGUUACAAAUUUUGCAUUUUCAGCUAAUUCCGCGAUGGUUGUCUCAGGUGGAAUGGAUAAUGAGAUAAGAAUAGCACAUACAGAAGCAGCUUCUCAAGUAGGAAGAUAUGAUUUCCAUACAAAACCAAUUUCAAAUGUCACUUUUUAUGAUGACACUUUUUUAUUUUUUGGAGGCAGUUUUGACGGUACUAUAUCAAUGUGGGAGAUGAGCCAUCAUCUUCCUAUUAGACUUUUUGCAGGACAUACGAGUACUGUCACUUGUUUGUCUUCAAAAAAUCGACAAACAUUUGUCAGUUCUUCUUUAGAUGGAACUGUCAGAAUUUGGGAUGUUGGAGAAGGAAGAGAACUCAAUAAAAUAGAACUGAAUGAUACACCUGUUUCAUUGGAUACUACGGAAAAUGGUCGAAUGAUUUGUGUCGGAAUGACGAAAGGUUUUGCUUUACUUUCUUUUGAUGGAGAUAUUUUGCAUGAAUCAAAAACAGAUUCACCUGUAAAUGAUAUCAAAUUUAGUUCAAAUGAACUUUCUUUUAUUACUGCAUGCGAAGAUGGAAUUGUUUCCAUUUAUGAUAUUAAUGGAAGCAAGCAAACAUCCGUAAAACCUGACUCAACAACAUCAGAUUCCAUUCAAGUAUUGAAUGAUGAUUCAAUUGUAAUUUGUGGCCGCUCUUAUAAAGUGUGA